UCUGACAGUGAGUGUGUGCGGUUGGUAAACGGAAGGGAUCGCAGCAGCGGCAGCAGGAAACUCGGCACUUUUCUUCUUUACAUCAGCACUAAGCGAUCAUCUUUUCAGGAAUAAAUACCAGGAGAUCACAGAUCAAAGUGACGAUCCGGAUUCGCCUUAAUCUGCACUGUAGUAAUCCCAGGCUGAAGGAAGUCGAAGGGUGAUGGAUUGCCCUUCAGAUUUUUUUCAGCAGCCGCUAUCCCAGGUGUGCCACUUUGACCUGUACCGCAGUCCACCAGAGUCAACCUCCAUUGGCCCCACCAUUUCUCCACUUCUGCAUCCCAACAGUGCCUCUCAGAGGUGGGGUGGUUAUAGGCAGGAGCAAAGCUUAUUCUCUGGACUACCAGCACAUGAGGAGAGGCAGGAGGUUGAUGCAGAAGUUAUCAGGAGAAAGGCAGCUGCAGAAGGAAGCAUGAUUCUACCUUACCGCCUUGGCGAUAGAAGAAAAUGUUUAGCACUGGAGUCUGAUGACUGGAGCCAGGAUUGUGUAAAAGCAAAGCAGCUAAAAGUAAACAUUAUGGCAAAGAGAGAGGGUGAUGUGAAAAGAGAGGGGCAUAAAGAAAAGAUAAAUGUCCCUCAAAUGGUAAGAGAGGAAGCAGGGAGAAAAAAGGUGAGCAGAGAGGGUAGGCAGCGGCAACGACGUGAGCUGAAACUCCAGCUAGAGGAAACUAGAGGCAAACUGCUAGAACUUCAGCGCAAAGUAUGGAGAGUAUAUGGUGAACAGCAUGUAGAGGAAGACAAAUCAGGAGAGGCAGAGAAUGACAGAGUUGUGGAUGAGACAACAGAGAUGUUCUCUGAAGGAGAACCAGAUGAUCGUCUUUCUAGUGAACUUUAUGCUCCUCUGAAAAACCAUGGUACCAGGAAUGGGAAUUCUGAGGCUCUCUCAGGGGAUCCUGUGGACCUGGACUUGGAUGUAGACCUAGAUGGGGAAGGAGUGUGGCUGGGCUGUAGCCUGGUGCAAGGAGAGUGGGAAAACUUAGGUGGCAGUGCAAAAUUUGCUCAAGCUUUAAAGCAGGAGCUAGCAAGUGCUGUGGCUCGGGUCAUAGACAGGGUUCUUGACCUUUAUGCUGAAUCCGACCACACCUCACCUUCCACUUCAAUACUGACCCCAGAGAUUCCCACCAGUAGGAUGCUGGACCCAAACCCAGGCAAGAAGGCAAACCUUAGUGUGGGAGCAAGCAUGACAGAACAAGCAGAAGCAUUGCCACUGGUCACAAAGAGACAUCAAGAAAGGAGAAACUUCAUAACUGACGGCAGACAUAAGAACUCCCUGAUUCCUCAGACCAGCCCUAGCCUACCCCUUGUUCCACAGCCUACACUUCCAGCACUUUUAGGACCAAGGACCAAGGACCCUUUCCUGCCAUCCUGUCCACCAAACCCCACUCCACUUCCGCUGCCUCUUCUCCACUACACCAUGCAACACCUUUUCAGUCGUUCUUUGUCCAGUAUGCCGCUACAUAAAGAUGGCCUCCCUAAUGAACCCUUUAUGGAAUUUCGUUCCAACAAUCCAUCAUUCCCACCACUACCUCUGCUUGGUCCGUUAAACCCUUCUCUUGCUGAUAGAGGAAGAGAUGAGAUAAUGAGAGUAAUGGGAGUUGAUGGAGGAGAUGCAGCACUUUACCUGGGCCCUGGGACAUCCCAGGAGGGUCUCUCACCCUGUCAUUUGAAGAAAGCCAAGCUGAUGUUCUUCUACACACGUUACCCUAGCUCCAACACCCUUAAGACCUACUUCCCUGAUGUCAAGUUCAACCGCUGUGUCACCUCACAGCUCAUUAAGUGGUUUAGUAACUUCAGAGAGUUCUUCUACAUUCAAAUGGAGCGUUUUGCACGUCAGGCUGCUCGUGAGGCUUCUGCCACGGCUAGGGAGAGGACACUACGUCUAGGCCGAAACUCUGAGCUCUUUCGCAUUCUUAACAUGCACUAUAACAAGAGCAAUGAUUACCAGGUGCCUGACCGGUUUGUGGAAGUGUCUGAAGUGGCUUUACGGGAGUUUUUCACAGCCAUUCAAAGUGGGCGUGACGCUGACCCCUGCUGGAAAAAGUCCAUCUAUAAAAUCAUCUGCAAACUGGACAGUCCUGUGCCUGACAGCUUCCGUUUACCAGGCUGCCCCAUGGAUGCACCCCGCAUGGCCUAAGGAUUUUCAUGAGUGUACUCAUGCAUACAUCAAAUAGGCUUAUAGAAUAGGGUCGAUAGAUACACAGACCAGAUGGAUUUAAAGUUGUUAUGCCUGUCAGACAUUCAUACAUGUUGACAAUUAACAACUCGAGGUCGUGUGUUAUUGCGAAUAACAUCACGGCUGUGAUGAUCUACGGCACUCACCUUCGGCUCGUGCCUGCGACCAAAUCACAGCCGUGACGUUAUUCGCGAUAACACACUCCCUCUCGUGUUCUAUUGCUUUUAUACAACAGUUUUUACAAAAUAAAGAAAGAAAAUAAAUCAAAGAAGCCCUGAAUUUCAUAAUAAAUAUGCUUUAAUAUUGACAAUACCUUCCGCCAAAAAGUAGUUCCACAACGAAUAUAAAGUUUAACACUACAAAGCAGACAUCCCAAGUUGCAAAAACUCAUUUCAGGGAGGUAAGAAGAACAAGAAGAAGAAGGCAAGAACCUCCGAAGGGAAAAAAAGAAAUAAAAAAACCUCUCGCACACACCAAAGGAUAUGGGUGAUAACAGAACUUCUAGGAGCUGCUAACUGGGCUAUUAAGCUAACCGUUCGCGUUACAAACACAUUAAUGUUCCCUACAUAGUGCACUAGACAAUUGAUUUAUGUUCCCUACACGGUGCACUGGAUUGUAUAUCAAAUGACGGAUUUAAAACGCGACCGGGAAAAAAAGUCUGUGUCGCCUGCGUGCGCGUUUGUGUGCAUGAAGCUUGUCGUUAAUGGCAAUGCGUCAGCGGAGUGUGAAAAGGCCGUGCUGUUAUCACGAAUAUCAGCACCUUUAGAACGCUUCUCAACCAAUCAGAUUGUAAGGUCGGAACUAACUGUUGUAUAAAUACAAGUACAUUCCACACUCACUCACACAAAGAUUUAAAAAUAUUACAUUUCUGCAGCUUUGUACAUAACUAUUCUGAUAAAUUUUUUAUUCAAAUUUGUUUAAUAACACAAAUAAAUCCCUAAUCCUAUAAAUCACACCUAAUUUAAACAUUCAGAUGACCCCCAAGACACAGGUGUGUCAGUUUUGUCAAUAAUUGUAAUAAUUGUUAAAACGAAAUUAAAAGCAU